CCUGGUUCACGCGUCACACGUUCUAGUCGAUAGUCCGCCAGAUGAAACGUACAGUAUACUGCUGAGUGCAUGUUUCUAUCACACACAUAGACGGCCGUCAAUAUACACACAAUCUCUCAAAUUGAAACCGUGGAACACUUCGCCGCAAUCAUGAAUCAACUAAUAGUAGAGGAGGAACAGUCAGCGUUGGCAAGUCUACUACAAUAAUCGAUGUACACGCCCACACGGAAAGAAGCCUUCUUUAUGUCGCCUUGAACUUGAUAACUGAGACGGACUCAUGCCGAAUAUAUUUUUGUUGUAAUUUAAAUGAUGGGCCUUAGUACAUUAUGGUGUGUCUUGGUUUUGCAACUUAGUAUCUGUAUGGUACCGUUUAGCGAGUCAACCGAAAAUAUGCAAAUCGUAGCACAAGAAAAUUUUCUCAACUCGCUGGAUGAUUAUGAGGUAACCGUGCCGAUACGAGUGGAUCAGCAUGGGGAGGAGAUCCCUUACGACCUUAUAAACAGUCGGAAAAGGAUUGCACGAAACAUUAAAAGAAAAAUGGGCAUUCAUAAACAAUUGUAUUAUAAAGUUUCUGCGUACAAAAAAGAUUUUCACUUUGAUCUUCAAAUUCAAUCAAACUUUGUGUCUGACAAUUUUCAAGUAGAGUACUGGAACAAUGGCAGUCUUCACCAAAAGCAUCGAACUUAUGAUUCAUGUCAUUAUAGCGGAAUCCUUAAAAAUCACUCGAAUUCACGGGCAGUGAUCAGUAAUUGUAAUGGACUGCAAGGAAUUUUUUCAACAUCAACAGAGGAGUACAUAAUUGAACCGCUACACAACCGGACGGCAUAUCCAAAAGGUCAUCCACAUGCCAUUUAUAAACGGUCUUCCAUACGAACAGAACAUGAGGAUGGAGAAUCUGUGCAGCGGUGUGGAGUUGAAGAUGGCACCAGUAAGUGGUGGUUGGAUGACACAAGUUAUUUAUUACAGGAAACAAAACAACAAACAAAUCAUACACACAGAAGACGUAAGCGGUCCACGAGUGAAGAGAACUUUGUUGAAACCUUAGUAGUCGUUGAUAAUAAGAUGUAUCUUCAUCAUACACGCAACAAUAUCGAGCCAUACAUCUUAACCAUUAUGAAUAUUGUUGCCAACCUGUAUCACGAUGGCAGUAUAGGAAAUUCAAUCAAUAUUGUCGUAUCCAGAAUGAUCAUCAUUAUUGUGGAUCAAGUUAAUCUUGAAAUUAAUCACCAUGCCGACAAAUCGUUGGAUAGUUUUUGUAAAUGGCAGAAAAGCAUCAAUCCAGCACUGGAUUCAAAAGCGGUAUUAGAAGACGGGAUAGCGCACCAUGAUAAUGCUAUACUGAUUACAAGGUUUGAUAUUUGCAAGUACCAAAACAAGCCAUGCGGUACAUUAGGGUUAGCUCCUGUAGGUGGCAUGUGCCAGAGUGAAAAAAGUUGCAGUAUUAGCGAAGAUAUGGGUAUUGCAACAGCAUUUACGAUCGCUCAUGAAAUGGGACAUAAUUUUGGAAUGGAACAUGACGGUUCUGGCAACGAUUGCGGAAAACCUGGCCACGAAAAAGCGAAGAUAAUGGCGGCCCAGUUGUCGCGCAAUACAGACCCUUUCACCUGGUCAUCUUGCAGUAAGAAAUACAUCACAAGGUUUUUAGAUUCAGGUAGUGGUCAUUGCUUGACUAACCCACCAUCCGUGAGGGACAUAACACUACCCACUGCGAUGUCGUUCCAAGUGCCCAGUGCUGAUGAGCAAUGUAAAUUACAGCACGAUGAAAAAUCCAGACAGUGCAAAUUUGGGUCAGUCUGCAAAGAAUUGUGGUGUAUCAGUAAAACCAAUCGAUGUGUUACAAACAGUAUCCCAGCGGCGGAAGGCACAGAAUGCACAAUUGGUACCGAUGAAAGAAGAUGGUGCUACCAAGGAAGUUGUGAACCGUAUGGUUAUAAACCCCAAGCUGUAGAUGGAGAAUGGAGCCAAUGGUCGUCAUGGGGACAGUGUUCAAGAACAUGUGGAGGAGGUGUUUCAUCACUAGAAAGACACUGCAAUAACCCAAAACCUUCCCAUGGUGGUAAAUAUUGUCUUGGUGACAGAAAACGCUACAAAUCGUGUAAUAUUGAUCCAUGUUCAGAAAGUUCGCGUGAUUAUCGUGAGCUGCAAUGUGCCGAGUUUGACAACCUACCGUUCCAUGACAAGUACUAUACAUGGCGACCCUAUACAGGAACUAAAGUCAAAGAGUGUGCGUUAAACUGCCUAGCUGUAGGUUACAAUUUUUACACCGAGAGAGCUCCUCAAGUCGUUGAUGGUACACUCUGCAAUAAAGACUCUCUGGAUAUUUGCAUAAAUGGACAAUGUCAUCAUGUUGGAUGUGACAGAAUUCUUGGCUCUGAGGUCGUUGAAGAUCGAUGUCGUGUUUGUGGUGGCGAUGGUAGUACGUGUGAAACUAUUUUGGGUACAUUUACUGAUGACCUACCUCGAGGAUCUUACCAACAGGUUAUUACAAUCCCGAAAGGUGUCGUUCAUAUUGAAAUCGCAGAAGUUGCAGUUUCUAGAAACUAUCUUGCACUGAAAAAAUCAAUAAAUGAUGAUUAUUAUAUAAACGGUCAAUGGACCAUUGAUUGGCCACGGUCAUAUGAUGUAGCUGGCACUGUAUUUUCUUAUGAAAGACCAAAUGAAGAAGCAGAAAAACUAUCAGCCCUGGGACCAACUAAUGAAGACCUCAUAGUAAUGUUAUUGUUACAAGAAAGUAAUCUUGGAGUAAGCUACAAAUAUAAUAUACCAGUCACAAGAAGUGGUAGUGGUGAUGAUGAAAUUCGCUUCUCAUGGAAACAGCAUCCAUGGUCGAGUUGUUCAACAACAUGUGCUGGAGGCACCUCAACUCGCCAGCUCACAUGCGUUCGAAGUGAUGAUGGUUCCGACGUGCCGUCUUCUCACUGUGAUCAAAAUGCAAGACCAAGAGUAAGCCUGGAACGGGAAUGCAACACAGAGCCAUGUCCACCAGAGUGGUUCAUAACAGAAUGGUCCCCAUGUAGUAGAACAUGUGGUGGCGGCUUCAAAACACGAACUGUGGCCUGCAUCAGUAGAAGUGGACGGAAUGAACAGGAAACGUUGUCUGAUGAAGAGUGUUUUACUCAUAAACCGGAAUUUAAACGGAAUUGUGGUGAAAAAGAAUGCCCACCCAUGUGGGUGCCGGAUGCAUGGGGAGAGUGUGUACCGAGCUGUGGACCAGGUGAAAAAACUCGCAAUGUUGAAUGUAUGAGCAGCGAUAUGCAACAAAUAUUUCAUCCCCAGGCAUGUAGCUCUAUUCCAAGACUACCCACUAAAACACCUUGUAACAGUGGCAGAUGUCCACCACCGAAGUGGGAAACCGGCGAAUGGGGCAAGUGUUCUGCUGAGUGUGGUAAAGGCCAACAAGUUCGAAGUGUUGAAUGUCGUGCAUACACUGGUCUACCAUCUAGUGAAUGCCAUGCAAACUUAAUGCCACCUCAGAUACAAGAGUGUGAAGCGCCGUGUGAACCAGUCGAUAAAACCAAUGACGAAUGCGAAGACGCCAACAAAGUUGCCUACUGCCCUCUAGUGUUGAAGUUUGAAUUCUGCAUCCAUAGUAAGCACGCGAAAAUUUCCAAGAAAAAGAAAGCGAGGAAGAAAGAAGAAAAGCGUCAAAAGAAUGAUCACUCCUGUCAAAAAGAUGUUGAAAGAGACGAUGCUGGGUUCGUACAGAACGGAUUUCCCCGUCGAAACCAGUGUCAGCCAUGA